GCUCGUGGCAUCACCUGAUUUUAAUAUCUGACAUGUUUUGUUCUGGAUCUGUAAUCGGCCAUUCAUCUCCUAACACUGCUGUCGGUAUGCGUCCAUAAAGGUGGGUGUGAGACUGCACCAUGUACUCAGUCGAGGCAGGGAUGUGGGACCCUCAGCCUCCAUCUAAACAUGCCUCGUCCCUCUCCCCGCGACCCCCCUCCAACUUACGCCCUGCCCAUGUGAUCGCAGCCCCCCCAGCCAAGCGGAUCACCUUCUACAAAAGCGGCGACAGCCAGUUCGGGGGUGUCAAGAUGGCCAUCCAAAAGCGCAGCUUCAAAUGUUUCGACACCCUGCUGGACGACCUUUCCCAAAAGGUGCCCUUGCCAUUUGGCGUGCGGACUGUGACCACUCCCCGCGGCACCCACGCCAUCAAACACCUGGAGCAGCUCCAGGACGGUGGCUGCUACCUCUGCUCAGACCGGCGCCAGGCUAAGCCAGUCAACAUGGAACUGGCCGGCAAACGCCCAACCAUCUGGUACCAUCACAGCCGGAGGCCCCAGCAGCCCGAAUCCUCGUCCGCAACACCGCCUGGCCAUCAGUCUUACAGGCAGCGGCGGAUCCUGCUGGUGAAGAACAGCGAGCCGGGGAUGAGGAGGAGCGUGGUGUUGAGCAGGAGGUCAACCAGGAGCCUGAAGUCCUUUCUUGAUGAGGUGUCAGAGGUGAUGCAGUUUCAUGUACGCAAGCUCUACACUGCUGAGGGACGAAGGAUUGACAGCGUACAAAACCUGAUGACUUGUCCUGGUACGUUGGUGUGUGUUGGCCGGGAAGCCUUCAGCCCACUGUUGAUAAACUUCAUCAGGAAGAGCUCUGAAGAAAAACUGCCUGGUCUGGGCAGCAGGGGCCCUGCUCUUGGCCCCAGGACUCCUGGAAAUGGGGCCAGAUCUCCUGCUACUCAAGGAGCAAGAUCCCCACCUCGUGGAGCUCAGUCUAGAGCCAGCGAAUACAGCGAAGGGCAUGAAAGCAGGAAAAAUGUUAACUUUGGUCUGGAAACCAAAAAAAGCAUAAUCCAUCCUCGUUCAGAUUCCUCAAACCGCUCCACCCGUUUCUCCUUGUCUUCAGAGAAGUCAUACAGCAAUGGUGUCAGCACCUACUCCCAGGCCAGACCAGCUAUUAUGAACGAUGACAUUGAAAAGCGUGUCCUGGUCAAUAAAGACGGCAGCCUGUCAGUGGAGAUGAGGGUGCGUUUCCGCCUACACAAUGACGAGACCCUGCAGUGGUCUACACAAGUCAAGAAAUCCCCAUCUCUGACUAAUGAAUGUUGCCCCCUGAGUCAGGCCCAGCCCCAUUACCUGCAGCAGGGCCAAUCAGAGAGCUGCUCUGAUCCUGAUUCCACAUCCUUUGACCCAGAGGGUGUGGAUUAUUCUAACCAACCUGCGCAGCGUGUGUUGGAGGGGAACCAAUGUCCCUGCUGUUACCAGAGACAGGAACAGCAAUACGAUUUAUGGGAAAACCCAGCACACAGCCAAAAACUGCAUCCUGUACCUCCACCACAUCCACCCAGCCACUCCCACACUCUGCUGAGACAUACACACUCUUCUAGCUCUUCCUCGUCAUGUAAUUCCAGGAGGGUGAUGCGCUGUCGAGCACGAGUCACAAACUGUGGCUCAGGUUCAAAGCAGAGCCAACUGGUCCAGGAGGAGAUGUUUGUGACGGAGCAGGUUGAGCGCAGAGUAGAGCUAGAGCAGGAUGGAGAUACCCAUGUCGAGGUGUGCAGGGUGAGUCGAUGCUGCAGUCGCAGUGAAAUAGUUGCCAUUGAUAGCAACCUACGACCACUUAGCAGGAAGUCAGUAGAGGGUGACCUACUGAUGGAGGAAGAUGGGGAGCGUCCGCUGUCUGCAAUAAGUAGCUCCUCUCAUAUCCUUCAAUCACUGCAAGAGGACCAGGAUGAUGACCUGCCACCCAGCGCCUCACAAUGCUGUCAAUGCAAUGAACCCACUCCUUCCCCAACUUCCCAGACUCACUUGAGCCACAAACCAACAAGUAGCAUCACAGCUGGUUCUGUCCACUCGACAGAACACGAGAAGCAAGAGGAAGAGAGAGGAAGCAGAGCAGUAUCUGUAGCCUCGUCCUAUCACUGUGGAGCAGCCACCCCACAUCCAACAGCUGAAGCAGAGAGGAUGGAUCGAGCUCCCAGCUCCAAGUCCAAAAGGAGCAGAGCCUCAAGCAGGUCCAGCAAAGUCCGGAUCCCAAACUCAGAAGAAGAGGGGGCUGCAGAUGAUGAGGAUGAAGAUGUACAGAGGGUUGUUAGUGGCUUGUCUAGUCAUACAGGAUAUUCCCUGCAAUCAAGGGGAUCUAAUGUAUGUCCCAAUUGUGGCGGAUGCAAAAGUGGGGUCAACUCUGAAUCAAAUAGUAGAGCAUCACAGAGGUCCCACCGAGCAUCUCCAAAGCAGGCCACACCUCUUUCCAGCCAAGAGAAUGCAAAUAAUGGCAGUGAUGAUGGCUCAGAAGAUUCAGCUGGGUCCACACAAUCCAACAAGACCAACCUCACCAACAAUGGCCGCUGCUCUGCAAUAUCAAACAUCCAAGAGCACAGAGCAUCUAGUGCCAUGUCCAGAAUGUCCAAUCUUGAGGAAGCAGGAAAAGAGGAAGAAAGGGCUCUGAGUGCCACCUCAGCCACAAGUCACAGGUCCAAUGGAUCAUGCAAGUCUGGCUAUAAUGACAGUCCUUGUGGCACAGGACAAAAAGAGGAGGAGAGAAGCCCCAGUGCCAUAUCGGCUCGGUCCAACAUGUCUGCCAAGUCCGGCAGGUCACACAAGUCCAACUACAGCUGCACCGCUGAUGCGCCUGACAUAAAGACAACAGAGGAGGCAGAAGAAGCAAACACUGAAGAAAGAGUACUUAGCUCCUUGUCAGCCAAAUCUGGUGCCUCAGCGGAGACCAAUGCUUCAGUCAAGAAAGGAACUAAGGUUGCCUCACCAACUGACAAUACAGCUGUGGAGGACAAUGACACAAACAAAAGAACUUCCAGUGCCCUAUCUGAUACGCCUGGCGAGGCAGAAAGACCAGAUAGUGUCAUGUCUGCUAAAUCAACUAAAUCUAAUGUGUCAGCAAAGUCCGGCACAUCUCACAGGUCUACUUGCAGUCACUGUGCAAGAGCAGAAUCUCGAGCUGAUGUACCCAUUAUCGAAGCAACAGAACAGGAAGAAGAAAUGGAGUCAGAGGAGAGAGCAGCGAGUGCCAUGUCAGACAAAUCAAAUCUUUCUACCAAGUCUAAUAAAUCCCACAAGUCCUUCAAAGGUGGAGAAGAUGGACAAGAAAGGGCAGUGAGUCAAGCAUCAGGCAGAUUAGUCAAAUCUAAAACUUCUAACUACAAUGAAACCGCUGCAUCUCCAAGCUCCAAGGAAAAAGAAAAUGAGCUGGGAGAAGAUGAACAGCAGAGGCCUGAAAGUGUAAUAUCUGCUAAAUCAGCCAAAGACACAGCAAAGACAGAGGUAGACAACAUGGAGGACAGAACCCCCAGCGCCAUGUCUAGUAAAUCACACACCUCUGCAAAGUCCUCCAAGUCCCAGAAGUCAAAUCAAACCGCAACAUCUGCUAAAUCAGCCAAAGACACAGCAAAGACAGAGGUAGACAACAUGGAGGACAGAACCCCCAGCGCCAUGUCUAGUAAAUCACACACCUCUGCAAAGUCCUCCAAGUCCCAGAAGUCAAAUCAAACCACAGCAUCUCUAAAUCCAAAUGAAGCCGAUAUGCCUUCUAUUGAGAUAAAUGGAAAAGAGGAGCAUAAUGAAAAUCAAGAGCGGGUGGCCAGUGCCCUGUCGGUCAAGUCAAAAUCUUCAAUGAAGUCCCAUACUUCUCAGAAGUCUAGUAAGAAUCUCAAACCGGUGUCACCAAGUCCAAAUGUUACCUUUCAAACACCAGCGGGGGUUGAUGAAGAUGGAAAUGAGACAACAGAGAGAGCCCAAAGUGCUAUAUCCGCUAAAUCAGCGAAAUCUAGUGUUUCGACUUCAUCGCAUAAGUCUCGUCAUAAGAGAACAGCUGAUUUUGCUGUUAUUGAAAGAGCAGAUGCAGAUGAAAACGUGGAGGACAAUUCAACAAAAAGUACAUCUAAAGGACAAAUGCUCUUAUCAUGUUCCCCACUGACCCACUCACCCAAAGCUGCAUCCCCCAGCAGAUCUGGAAGAUCAAAAUGUGGCUGUGGAGCAGCUUCAGCACUUGAAAAGUCAAAGGAAAAAAAAGAGGGGGAGAAAAAGGAAGAUCUUGAGGAGCUUGAAAAUGAGGAGGCUUCUGAGCGGGCCGCCAGCAUCCUUACGUCCUCAAGCAGAAGGCACAGGAGAGAAUCAGGAGGCUCUGAGCAGCCACUGAGUCAAAACUCAUCAGGCUCAGUCUCUCUUGGGUUGCCAGAAGACCAGGAAAUAGCCAACUCAGACAGUGGCAGGUCCUGUGUUUCUUUUCACACAAAUACUGAGAAAAAGGGCAGAGUGAAGACAGUAACUCCCGAUGUCCCCAAAAGCUCAGAACAGUCCGCUUUGAAGGAAGAAAGGGAGGGAACGGGGUCCAUGAUGUCUCAAAAGUCCAGCAGUAAAAGCGCUCACAAUCAUGUCCCUACUAUUAAAACAGGGGGGAGUGGGGAUAAAGGUGAAGAAGGUGGGGAGCAAACAACAGAGAGAGGAGACAGCUCAUUGUCAGCCAAAAGCAGCAGGUCUCACAAGUCUUCCUGUAGCUGUGGCAACAAAGCACCUCGAAUGCUUGACAGUAAGCCAACAAGUGCCAGCCCAACCAAAGCAGAAAAUGACCAUGAAAUAGCAAGUUUGAAGUCAGCUUCAACGACAAAAGCUGGCAAAAUGGAUGCCAAUGACAACAGGACAUCAUCUGCAAUGUCAGCAGCAAGUGCUAAAGCUCGGAGUAAAUCCCCUGCAAGUGUCAGUGGUGAAAAUGCUAAUGUAGCUCGAGAUUCAGGAGAUAAUGCCACUGCAACUCAGGCCAUCAGCAGACCAGCUAGUAAGGCCGAAGGGGAAGAAGAUAUUGCAGACAAUAAGGUGGCAGGUGUCCAAUCCAAGAGUCCCCGUAGCCUCAGGCCUGAUUCAGCAGUUUCAACUCACUCAGGCUCCAAGAUGAAAGCCUCAAAGGAGAGUAAGGCCAAAUCCCGCUCCAGACCAAGCAGCAAAGUGGAGACAUGUAGUGGGAGCACUCUGCAUCAUUCUACGUCUGCUGCUGAUAUGCUGAAGGAAACCAUGGCUGCUGCUGCUGCUGCACGUUCAAACAGCCAACAGUCCAUGGCGAGUAAAACCAGUGACAAGUCCAGGAGUAAAAGGUCUCAGAGGAGCAGGAACCAGACAGAUCAGGAGGAACUGGAACUGUCACCUGCCUGUCUGCCCAAUGCUUCCCCCAAUGAGGUUGUCAGUGACUGGCUGCGCAGCAUUCCCGCUAACAGCUGCAUGCUCGCACUUGGUGAUGGGCUGAAUGAGGAGGAGCAGGAGAAGGUGGAGGAAGAGAAACCUGGAGAAGAGGAAGCAAAGGAGGAGGGAAAUCUGGAAGAGGGGAAAGUGGAAGACAAGAAGGAGGAUGUCGAGGCAAACGAGGAAGAACAGAAAAAGGAAGAGGCUGAAUGUGAUGCAGCAGAAGAGGAGAAGAGCCCAGAUCCAGCUCCAGGUGGUGGUGACGCAGUGGGGACUCUGUUGUGGAGCGGUGACGCUCAGCCCAAGAGUUGGAAUUCUUCUGUUGCAGUGAUGAAAGUUCUUCUGAGCUCCUCUAUGGGUCGAUGUCAGAGCAUGCCUGAGGUGUCUCCAGUUUAUGGUCGUAGACUGAGCACAUCAGCCAGGGGGUUUCUGGACUGUUUGGCCCAGCUUCAGCUCAUUGAGCCUAAAGUGACCCCUGGCUUUGACCAAGAGAAGGACCGCAACCAGCAGUAUGAGGACAUUAUGGCCAUCCUUCAGUCUCUCUGGCUCACUGUACCCAGGGACAUUGAGACCAAGGAGACCAAGGACGUUGGCACGGAGCAGGUGACUCCACCGAGGUCCUCAUCCGGGGUGGGAAUGAGCAGUGGCUCUGGCGGAUCAGGGAAAGAGAAUGGAACUCAAGGUGGAGAUGAAACGAAUCAAAACAAAACAAAAGAGUCCUCUUUACAUGAGGAGAAGGAAGGGGGAGCGGAGAAGGUUGUAGAAGAGGAAGAAGAAGGAAAUGCAGAGGCAGAACACAAGGAAAUUGAAGCAGACCCAGAGGAGACAGAGGUUGCAAAGGAAGAGGUUCAGAGUACAGUCCCUCCAAGUCUGGACAGCCCAAAAGCCUCUGAGAAUCCCUCGUCAUUGGACAAGAGCUCUGCCAACAACAGCUCCAAAUCCCCCACGGAUAACGAACAAGAGACGGCAGAGGACUCAGGCAGCUCAGGCACGCCCCCGACUGUCCUGCGAGCACCAUUGUCAAAACGACUAUCCCAAGACCCUGAUCCGGUGUGGGUCCUGCACCUUCUGAAGAAGCUGGAGAAACAGUUCAUGGACCACUACAUUAACGCCAUGGCGGAGUUCAAAGUUCGUUGGGACCUGGACGACAGCCUCAUGCUGGACACCAUGAUCGGCGAGCUGAGGGAAGAGGUGAGCAGACGCAUCCAGAGCAGCGUCGAGCGUGAGGUGAGGAAGAUUCAGAGUCGCGCCGGCAGAGGGGGGAAGUUUCCCCGGCCGCCGCAAAGAGCGAACCUCUCCAGGGAGUCCACCGUAACAGAGAAGAGGCGUCAAAUAUUGAAGGUCAUGAAGAAAAAGUCAGUAAAAACCGCUGAUUGCCUGAGCGAUGAAGACACGACGGCUGAGUUCAGCGACCAGCGAAGUGAUGACGAGUACUGUCCCUGUGAUGCUUGUGUUCGCAAGAAAAUGGCCGCCCGGCCUCUCAAAGAUAACCCGCUUGCAGCCAAAGCACCGGUGAUGAUGGAGUUUGACCUCCUUAAGAUUCUGCAGCUGAAGAAAACCCCUGCGCCUGCAGUUGUGCUGCAGUCUGCAGAGAUGGAAAGUGAUAGCGAAGGGAGGAAUUUAGAGGUAGUGCAGGAGGAAGAGGAGGAGGAGGAGGAGGAAACUAAAGAGGAUAUUAAACCUAAAGUUCUUUUAGAGGAGACAAUUCCAGAGGAAGAUGAGGAAAUAGGGAACGAUGGGGGUGAGGCAGGAGAUGAGGAGGAGGAGGCAGAAGCUGAAAAAGGGGAAAGUAUUGCAGGUGUUGAGGAUCCGGAAGAGAAAGAAACAGGUGGCGAGGAACCUGGAGAAGAGGAGACAUCAGGAAAUGAAGAGGAAGAGGAAGAAUGUCAAUGCCAGUGUGCCAGAAAUGAGGAGGAGAGCGACAACGCAGAAGACGGAGAGGAGGAAACAGCAGAAGGAGAGGCUGCUGAGGAGACCGGCGACAACGCAGCUGAGGAUGAGACAGGAGAUGAUGAAGAGAGAGCAGGGGAGGAAGAGGGGGAGAACGCAGAGGAUGGAGAGACAGGAAUCGAGAAAGAGGAGGAGGAGGAAAAGGAGGAGAGUGACAAGGAGACGGUAAAAGAGGCAACAGCAGGUGAAGGAGAAACCACUGAAAAUGGCAUGGGUGAGGAGGAGGAGGCCGAGAUGGAAGACUGUGAGGUGUCUGAAUAUAAGGAAGAAGAUGAAGGCAAGGAAGAAGAAGGAAAGGAAGAACAAGAAGAAAUGACAGGCAAGGAAAGCGGAGAAGAUGAGGAUUCUGGGGAAACGGAGGAUGACAGCGCUGCAAAAAAUGAAGAAUCCACGCUGCUGGAGGAGUUUGUGGAGGGUAACGUCAGCGCUUCGGCAGAGGAUGAAGAUGAAGGGGAUGAUGCUGCCGGAGAGGGGGAGUCACAUGAAGACGAAAAGGAAGGAGAGAGUGAGGAGCCAGGAUGUGAGGCAUCAGAGGAGGAAAGAACCUCAUUAAAGGGCCAGGGGGUGGCUGUGAACGAGGGUGAGGAGGUACACGCCAAAGAAUCAGACCCCGACAGCAAGCGUCCAAGAGACAACAGCGUGUCUGAAUCAGGACACGAGGGGGCCGGAGCCUCAGAAGACGAAGAGGGGAAAGAGGGCAAAGAAGAUGGAGAUGAGGCCAAUGAUGCUGUUGAAGAAUGUAAACCCGAGGAAGACAAGGAGAAGGAUGGAGAGUUGGACAAAAGGGAGAACGGCGUUCUCUUCCAUCAGUUCACCAGGACCUCUGUGGAGUCCCAGCCCGGCUCUUUGGAGGACAUUGACACAGAGUCCCCCAAUAACCUUGUCAACGCCAUAGAAGUGCCCAAAAGGGCUGCUUGUGUAUGUGGUGGUGGCGGUACGGGCCAGAGGAGGAGCCGCUCGCCGGGCAGGGUCAAACGGUCCAAACCCAAAGAGUGUGACGCUGAGUUGAAUUGACUUUUAACUCACACGGACACCAGACUUAUGGUCACAGACUACCAUAAACCCUUGCUCUGUCAGUGACUCCACCGAUAGAGUUAUUUAGGCAACAAAAAAAACUGCAAACAGAAACUCAAACACUUGAAGCACUUUAUCACUCCAGAUCCCAUGUAGAAUAUUGAAACUUGAAAUCUCCACAUUAUCCUAUUUAAUUAUAUGAAUUAUAUUUGUAUAUUUUGUAAGUUAAUUUGGAUGUACGAAGGGAUAUAUCUAAUUCUGUAUGUGUUGAAUAAGGUAUAUUUUUGGAAUAUUUUUGACACCCGUGGGUGUAUUAUAUGAACUUGUUAUUUUGUGUAGUGGACCACAGGUUUGAUGAUUUAUUGAAUCAUAUAGCCAUUAAUAUACCAAGUACCUCGGAGAUAUAUGAUCUAUUUGUUGCCUGUUUCAAUAGUGUGACAGACCCAAUGUAUUGAUACUUUGUUUGUGAAUGAGUUUAAUUCUUUGUCUAUUUUAUUUGGGCUCAUCUUAUCUUAAGUCUUUAUUCUCAGGGGUUUGGAAGGUCAUCUCCAAGCUAUUACUUAACUAACUACUUAAAUCUGUAGUCUGU